GGCAGAAGGGUGUGUGCUCAUAUGAACCACUCUUCUCUCUUCCCUCUGCGCGUCUCUCAGGCAGAGAACAGAAAAGUUGGGGCAAAAUCUGAGUCAGCUCCGGCGGCUAGCAGACACCCACAGCUCACUCCCACCACACGACCAGGUCUCUUCUUUCUCUCCCGCUCUCUCCCUUCACUCAUUUACUCUUUUUCACCCUUCCUCGCGCGCACGCACACACACACACACACACACACACACAUUAACCGCCACUCCUGGCAGAAGGAAGACAGGACCACAGGAGAACUGUUACACACCUUUACUGCCAGCUGCUCACCCAGCCAUCACCAGACGCUUUGCCCAGGAUGUGGACUACUCUUCUCUUUGGGGUCAUCUAUGGAUUACUGGCCUCCUCCAGGUCAGAACUACUUCAAGUGAAUUCCCGCAGCUGCAGCUUUGGCGGGGUAUUCCUGGUUGAGGGAGAAGGCCGUCACACCCUGAACUUCAGCAUGGCGCAGAAGGUGUGCGACCAGCUGAACAGCACGUUGGCCAGUGAGGAACAAAUCAGAAAGGCCCAUGAAAAAGGCAUGCAAACCUGCAGGAAUGGCUGGCUCAGCAACAGGACUGUCGGCAUCCUCAGACACACAAAACAUGAAAAAUGUGCAAACAACACGAUUGGAGUGACCAUCUACAUAAAAGUGGAUGUACAGGAUCCCUUUGAUGCCUUUUGCUACGAUGAAAAAGAUGGGAUCGACAAGAACUGCGACAAAAAAUUUAGAAUCCAGGGACUCUCAAAUUCAACAGAUGACCCGACAGAACACGAAUCUGUACCUACUGCCACUACUGUCAGCGAGGAUGCUCUGGGGAAGGAGGCGUCAGACAGCACUCCGACGAGGCCAAUGGGUGACGCUACCAUCGCACACACCACCACUGGAGGGAGGGAGGGCCCUUUUGGAGGGUCAGAUGGGGAAGAUGGAUCUGGAAUGCAGACGUCUUCUCCUACGGAGGAAAAAGCCUUUAUGACAACCCCUGAUGGCAAGCUGGCGGGACCGGAACCUGGCAAAGUCGAUGCCAGUGCAGAGAUUCAAACACCUAAACCUACAGAAAAUGUACGUGCAAGGGAUUCCAAUGUGCCUGAGCCUGAGUCAAAGAGCAGCAGCUCAUCAGACUGGGUGAUUAUCAUUCUAACGAUAGUGGCAGUUCUCAUUGUUCUUGCCCUGUGUGUCGUUGUCGCCAGAAGAAAAAGCCUGUGCGGAAGGCAAAAGACCCUGAUGAUCUCAUCCAAUACCGGAGGCGAGGGCAACGGGGCGGCGGCGGCGGUGGCGUCCAGCCCCCAGAGCCAGGAGAGGGAGCAGGAAAUGGUGACACUCAUGAACAAGGAGAAGAUCCAGGAGAACGGCAACACGGAGGAGUUCACCGCCAUCACGCUAGAGGAGUCGCCAGAUAAAGAGCAGAUCCCGUAAAGGGGGCAGAGGGGGCAGAGGGUGCGCGGGACGGGAGAAGCUUGGAGAGGGGGAGUUGAGACGGGGUGAUUGGGAGAGUAGACGGGUAGGGGAUCGGGGGUUCAAACACUGGGGUGGUAAACUGCUUUUAUGGUGGCCAGCACUGAAUUGACACUGGGUCGUUUAGAGAGAUCGUCCAACCAGGACACACAGUAUUUUAUUGGGCCUUUAUUGAACUGCGAUCUCUCAUCUUUCAAACCAACGCGUGCAGCCUUUUUUUUUUUCCGGUAUGCCAAGUCAGCCGGGGCCGAACGCAACAGGACACGGCAACUGUUGUGUCUCUUUGUACACUUUAUCGAUGAUCGGAUUGGGCGGGCGUGGGUUUAUUUAACGGUUGGUGAGGGGUGAUUUGUGAUUUGAUUGCAAAUUUGCAGAAUCUAUAGAUAUGGCAGAUCCUUAAAUAUGUUAGCCUCUUCAACCCUGUGUGAUUUUCAUGUAUUUAAUUGUUUGUUUGUUUUUUUUUUCCGUUUGUUUCGUUGUUGUGUUAUUGUUCUUGCCACGUGUACAUUUCUAGACAUUGUCUGCGGACUGGAAUUUGGAUUUUAUUUCCAUUUUCAAGGAAACUGGGGGAUGUCCCAACCUAAUUUAUGCAACGCUGUUUCUCGUUUCUUUUCCUUGCCUUCUGUAUAUAAUGUGUAUCUUUUGAAAAUAACUUAGCAAUAGCUGCCAGUGGUUUUUAAUUAUUAUGAUUUUUUUUUUUUUGGUUUGUUUUAGUAGGAAAAUGCUUGGUAUCCCUUUUAAAUGAAGGAAUGUGUCCGUUAUUGAGAGUGAAGUAACUAGAGACUGCACCUCAGAGCUAAAAACUAUAGGGAAUGAAUUUCUGCAAUAGUCAACUUGAUGUACCAUUUAUCAUCGGAAAAUUGUGCAAUUUAUACACCGCUGGAGUAAAUUAAUCAUGAUCACCUUUACAUUGGGUCGGGACUAUAGGUCUCGUAAUGACGUUUACUUAUUAUAUACGCAGGAUGUACAUAGAUAAGGUGAAAAAGAAGGAGCAAAAGAGAGGAUUUGGAUAGUAUUUUAUAGCACACCUGUCAUUUUUUUCAAUGUAAAUUCAUGCUCGAUUUCCACAAGUGAGUAACCGAGGCUUGGCUGUAGAUGUGAAACUAAGUAGCACAUGUGAUGAUGGCGCGCUGUAAACGCAUAGCAAUGUUCAGAGUUUCUGUACACCAACAUUGUCUGUGUCCGCCAGAGAGAAGUGUGGUGUGGUGGGGGCUUGUACAUUCACACAUGUAAACAGACUGCAGUUUUCCUACUGACCUUCUCACUGGUUAAAUAUAUCAUGCAUCGUGUCAUAUCAAUGUUACUCCUUGCGUGACAGCAACUGUUUUGUUUUUUUUUUUGUUUUGUUUUUUGCCUGGCUCUCAGCAUAAAGUUGAAUUAUUAUCUGUUGUUUUUUAGUCUGACGAGACGUAGCAACCGCUUUAGAUUACGCAGGUUUUACGAGCAAUUAAUAAAAAAGACAAAACGCAUCGCUGAAAAGUUUUGCAAAGUCAUGAACGAAAUAAACAUGUACAGAAGUU